CUAGAAGAAGAAGAAGAGCGUAGACUUCCUUUUGGUAUCAGGAUAUAAAACACCAUCUGACUUAUUCUUUUUUUUAACUUUUUUUUUUUUUUUUUUUUUUUGUAAAUUGAAGUCCAUCGACAAAAGCUUAAACUCUGGGGACGAGCUCUGACGCGAAACUACUUGUUUCAGGUGUUCAUCAUGAUUGACGUAGAGCGACCUGGACCAGUUGAGCCUGACGGAGCAGAACAGCAGAGAGCUGUGGAGAGGAGUGGAGCCCCAGAGUCAGCAAUACAGCCCCCAGUGUGCCGCUUCUACUCACAGGGACAACACUGCCGCUUUGGGAAGAAAUGCAGGUUUUUGCAUGUAGGGAACCAGGGCCCGUCCUCUGGUCCCAUCAGCUCCUCCCAACCAGGACACCAAGAGCAGACCUCCUCCAGGACUUUCAGCUCCCCCAGGGCCCAAGCAGCGCCCACGCCAAGACCAUGUCGCUACUUCAUGUCCGGCUUCUGCAGCAUGGAGGAACGCUGUCGAUUCUUACAUCCUGCUUACAUGCCGCCACUGGCAGAUCCUCCUUCUCAUAACCCCCAACAUCGUGAAGCUCAACAUCGUGAAGCCCAGCCUCGAGGUCCUCAGCCUCGUGAAGCCCAGCCUCGAGGUCCUCAGCCUCGUGAAGUCCAGCCUCGAGGUCCAGCAGUGAGCAGAGAGCUGAAGCUGAGCGAUUUAACAGAGGACAUGGUCCAAAAGCUUCGUCUUACAGAGAUCCAGCAGCUGAAGAAACGUUUCCCCAAAGAUCUGAUUGUUCAGGAGCAAGAGGACAUGGCGUAUUACAGAGCCACAGUGGAGGCCACUGAUCCUGACUGGCCGUUUGAUCUGAAGGAGAUUGACAUCAUGGUGAGCUUUCCACCCAACUACCCUGAGGAGAUUUUUACUUUAGAAAUUCCUCUGGAUCAGCAGCUGCCAGCAGUUAUGGCCAGACACGUUCAAGAAGCUUCAAUUCAGUGGCUCCAGGCCAAACAUGCCACAAACCAACUGCUGGGGAAAGUGGAGCUCCUGUUUCGUCCUUUUCUGCGAUGGCUGGACCGCAGUCUGGAGCGGCUCUUCAUAGAGGGAGCGAAACAGCUGAAAAAGGACAUAGAUUUGGAAAAAGCUGGACUUCAGUUUAUAUCAUAUCAGGAACUUCAAGCAGCAGUCAGUGAGAAGCAGACGGAGACGGAACAGAUGGAAGAGGACAAGUCUGAGCGAACUGAGGGGGCAGAAGAGGAGGGUUCAGAGAGGACUGAGGGGGCAGAGCCUGAGAAGACUGAAGAAGCAGGAUCUGGGCAAACUGAGGAGGAUGGAGUCCAUUUGGUGGAGAACAUCCGGAUCCAAGACCGUCCAAAAGGGACAGAGAUCCAGCUGCUGGGGCUGAAGCUCGGACAGAACACCGUCACGGUCAUGACCCAAAAGAUCACGGUCUGCCUUCGCUGUAACAGGUGUAAGGUGAGUGCGGAGCUGAGCCUGUCCGCGGGGGCCCUCUGCGUCGCUCAGUGUGAGAAGUGCAGCACAGACAUCAGAGCGUCCUUCACCCCGUCCAUCCUCCACCCGUACAGCACCGUCCUGGGUCACCUCCAGCUCCACAACACUGCCGCCCUCGACCUCCUGCUCCAGCGGUGCCUUUUCACGCUGGGCUGCCUGAACUGCUCCCAGGAGACUCCCGUGGAGAGUCUCUCUUAUGGCCAAACGAAGGAGUUAAACUGUGAGCACUGCCACGAGAAACACAGCGUCGAGGUCGAAAGUGCAAGAUUUGUGCUGAUUCAACCUCGCAGCAGCAAAACAGGUCCGAGCUCCGACACUGUUUAUUUGAAAACCAUAAGGGACCCUGCAGUGCAAAAAGGGAAACCAUUGCCAGACAAAGGAGCCUGUAAACACUACAGACAGAGUCACCGCUGGCUCAGGUUCCCGUGCUGUGGCAGAGCGUACCCCUGUGACGUGUGCCAUGAUGAGGACCAGGACCAUCCAAUGGAGCUGGCCUCUAGAAUGAUCUGUGGAUACUGCGCCAAGGAGCAGAGUUAUGGAAAGGCUUGUGUGAGCUGUGGGAGUAUGAUGACCAGAGGAUCUCACAGCAGCCACUGGGAGGGAGGCCAAGGCUGCCGCAACAAAGUCAAAAUGAACAAAAAUGAUCGUCAAAAAUACAGCAACACCAACAAGACGAUAUCACGGAAAGCAGCAAGUGACAAGAACUAGAAGUAGUUUGAUUAAAAAUUAAAGUGUGAUGUGGAAGGUGACAAAGAAACAACUAAGGAAUCACUGUUUACAUGAUUAUUUUAAAAUACUUAAAUCAAACCAAAUUUAUCAUGCCUUUUUAAAAUGUAUUUAAUUCGUGAAAUAUAAAAAGGCAUCAACAGUGUCAUAAAGUUAAACAUGAAAGAAUGAAUGAAAAGGAGCAGAAAGAAGAGUAAUCUAAUAUUAUCUGCUCUUUUUUCCAGACCAUACAUAAACACUGAUCGUUACUUUAAAACAUUUCUAUACCUGUAUCAUCAGAGGCACUUUAUAAAUUUAAAAUUCACAUUUCUCUACCUGGCAUUAACAUAAUUUGGAUGCUGGAAUAUUAUUUGUAAUACAGAUUAUAUUCAAAUCUGAUAAGAGUGCUUCUAAAAAUCUCAUAUUUUAUCACAAUUUAUCUGAAAAAUAAUGAAUCCAGACAUCCAACAAAAGUAAAUGGUCACAUUUUUCUAUAGCGCUUUUCCACCUUCAAGGCACUCAAAGCGCUUUAUAACAAGGAACCACUCACCCAUUCACACACCAGUGUACGCAGACACUGUGGGGGUGGGUUAAGUGUCUUGCCCAAGGACACAACGACAGCAUUCAUCUGUGGGAGCUGGAAUCACACCAGCCAACCUGUGGGUUAGUGGAUCUGACCGCUCAACCUGUGAUGUUUAUGUUGAGAGCUGGAAUCGAACCACCAACCUUUAAGUUCAGUGGGCGAAUGCUCUAUCAACUGAGCUACUGCCGAAAUGUAAAAUACAUUUCAAUGAAAUGAGCCUUGAACAUGGUCCAUGUUCUGAUCAUUUAUGAACAAUAAAUCUUAAAUUUUUUA